AUGGGCCAAGCAGCCGGCGCAGCUGUGACACACAAAGAGAGUGGUAAUGGGCACUGCAGCGUGAAGCAGUUGUCAUGGGGCUUCAGCUCCAUGCAGGGCUGGCGCCCACGAAUGGAAGACUCGCAUUUUGCUAUGGCUCAUUUGGGUGGAGACUGGGCAGACACUGCAGCGUUUGCUGUGCUUGACGGCCAUGGAGGCCGUGAAGUUGCUUUUUUUUGCCAACACCGCUUGCCAUCGGCCAUUGCGAGGCACCCGCGUGCAGACCCUGAAGCUGCCUUGAGAAAGGCUUUUGAGGGAAUGGAUGAACUCCUGUGCAGACCGGAGGAGCAAAGCUAUCUGCAAUCGUUCACGGGAGCGACCCGCAACGGCAACAAGAUGUCUGAUGCGCGUCGUGUGGGUUGCACAGCUGUCGUGUGCCUCGUGCAGUCGGAGCAGCUCAUCGUUGCCAACGCUGGAGAUAGCAGGGCAGUCCUGUCACGUGAAGGCUUUGCCGUUCCGUUAUCAGAAGACCACAAGCCAAACCUUCCUACCGAGCGUGAUCGGAUUCUGAAGGCUGGUGGUGUCGUAGAGCGACAGCAGAUCGGCAAAUUUACUCAGCACAGGGUAAACGGAAACCUCAAUCUCUCCAGAACAAUCGGUGAUUUGGACUACAAACGCAACUCGGCACUGCGCAUGAGUGAGCAGAUGAUUAGUUCCACACCGGAUGUGACUUACUUUCAACGGGAAGCAAGCGAUGAUUUCAUACUGUUAGCUUGUGACGGUAUAUGGGAGACAAUGAGUAGCCAGGAUGUGGUGGACUUUGUCAACGAACGUUUGAAGAAGCAUGCAGCGGCAGAACGGCCUUUGUCCAACAUUAUGGAAGAGCUGCUGGAUCACUGCUUAGCACCAGAUUUGACAGCCUCAGGUGGCAUGGGUGGUGACAACAUGACGGCACUGCUUGUUUUGCUCCAGCCGAGAUGUGGGCUGAUCUCAGGGGUCCAGUCAACAGCAUCCCACUGCUCACCCAGAGCCGCAGCAUGGUGUUCGUGCCACUAA